CCUAGGCCGUCAUUGAAAAUAAGAAUUUGUUCUUAACUGACUUGCCUAGUUAAACAAAGGUAAAAUAAAAUAAAAAAUAAAAUCUGAUUAAUUUCAGUUGCUUUUGGAUUACUUUCCAUGUAGCACUUUACACUCAUACCCGUAUAGGGAGUGACAAUUGCAGAUUUUUAACAAGUGCCAAAAUUGGAAUGUAAUGGCUGUACAGUAAAAUUCUAUACAUGACUCAGAACUCUGGAUCUGGCACAGUAUGGGGUUUGACUGACAGCUGUUCUGAAUUUGAGCGUCGCGCAUGACAAGAAUUUUCCCCCAUCCCUCCCAGUAAUCGGGCACAAUUUGCAACGUUUUUGUUGUCUGAGUGAGGGAAAUGCUGUAAAUUAAAAUGACUCGAUGUAUUUUGAAAGAUGAGACGUUGAGGAUUAGAAUAAAUACCACUUUGAUGUCAUACAAGCACCUCGCAUUUCCAAAAUGACGAUCCCCAUGUUUGAUGUACAGUUAGAAUAUGACAUGGCGUCACACCCCUGGGUUGUUCUGAACAGACUGAACCUAUGUUUGUUUAUUGUGAAGGACAUUUGCCGUGGAAACACGCACCUAAAUGCACUCAUGACUCCUUUUUAUGCACACCAAAAUUACGAUAUUUUUCCUCUGAAUUACCCCGUGAAAGCCUAACACUGUAACAUCGUAUUUUAUAACUUGAGUGUGAAGGGUUUUAAGAGGCAUUAGAAGACAAAAAGGAUCCAUCAAAUGCGUUUGGUGUGCCAUCGUAGUGGCCUCUGACUUGUGGUCAGACUCCCUCAGGUGGAUCAAACUUAAUCUUGAGCAUUUUUUUUUUCAAUGCUGAGUUGAAUGUCAUUGAGAAAGGAGAAAGGUGUCAUUAUGUAUUUUCUGAAUUUAAAAGUAAUCCAAGAAGUAAUCAUGUAUUUUUUCAAAAGUAUCUGUAAUCUGAUUACAAUUUUGGGGGGGGGUAACGUUACUGAUUGCAGUUAGUUAAAAAAAAAGAAAAGAAAUGACAUGUAACCGAUUGCAUGUAAUCGGUUACUUCCAAACCCUGGGUGUGUGAAUAUGCGCGUGUGCUCGCCUGCGUGUGUGCGUGUGUGUGUGUGUGUGUGUGUGUGUGUGUGUGUGUGUGUGUGUGUGUGUGUGUGUGUGUGUGUGUGUGUGUGUGUGUGUGUGUGUGUGUGUGUGUGUGUGUGUUUGGGCUUGCCUGCGUGUGUGUGUGUACUUGCAUGAAUGAUUUCAUGUAUGUGUACCCAGAGACACACUCUCUUCUCCUUGUUUGUUAUCACUAGGAUUUCAUAUUUUUGGUGCACUUCCACGGGACAGGUUUCUGGUUUGGAGGCAGAGUUUGUUUGCUUGAGAAUAUGUUUAUCCAGGGACUAUGUGAUCACUGAAGUUGAAGAAGCUUGUGUAAAGGCAUUGGUGUCAGCAUAUUUCUUUCCCAGUUCCCCAAAAAAGUAACUUCAAAUCCCCCGAUUUAGAGGAAAAGAUGUGUUAUGAUUACACAAUGUCACCAGAACGUGUCCCACCAUAUAACAUCAGUCAGACAUUUGUGCGCUGAGAGCAUAGUUUGUUAUUUGUGAUUUGUGAUACUUUUUGUUUCCAGGUUUUCUGCAUUUUCUUAUUCAUGAGAUGAGACAGAAUCUACCAGAAUUAAACAUGAAAAGAAUAAAUAUAUUUUCUUCAUGAUUUCAUCACAUUACAUUGCUAUUUAUUCCACUGCACAUACAUAGUGUGUCAACUAGAACAGAUAUGUUGCUGUUUUUCCUAGUUUCAUUCAAAUGUGUGAUCAGUAGGAUACAUACAGUAUAUGAACUACUAGUAGAAUACUUAUACUAACAACAAAACUAUUAUUUUGCUCCAUCUGAAAAACUGUGCUGCUUACAUUUAAUAUAAAAUAACGAAAAGCAAAUCAUUAUUUUCAUAUUGGUGUAGAAAUGUAUUAAGCCACUGCUCCUGUAAGAUUUGAGGGUUUACAUAAUGGGCUUCUCUCCUCUAUUCUCAGGACAGAAUGGAAGCUUUGAUUUGGUUUUGUCUACACGGGAGGGAAUUCCAAAGAAGAGCUUCAUUCUAAUGUUCAGGAUGAGAAUAUGCUUCUCCAGGAGUUAUGAGUCUUUGAUAUCCCUGAGCAAUUAGUAACGCAAACCAUCAGUGAUCCACAAGAAGAGAAGAUCUAUGCUUACUCGACCCUGUACUUUUAUACUGUUCAUUUUGUGGAUAACUAUGGCCCAGAUUCCCGGCCAAGAGAAUAAAGAGAAAACUACUGCCCUGAAAGGUGAGCAACUAGACCUGUUGUCCAGGAUAGACCUGGACGAACUCAUGAAGAAGGACGAACCUCCGCUCAAUUUCCCCAAGACGCUUGAAGAGUUUGAGUAUGCCUUCAACGAGCAGGGCAGGUUGAGGCACACCACGACGGGCGAGGCGUAUGCGUUCAACGCCCGGGAGGAUCUCCACAGGUGGAACCAGAAACGCUACGAGGCCCUGGGAGAGAUUAUCACUCGUUAUGUUUACCAACUGCUGGAGACAAAGUGCAACCUGACAAAGGAAAUCGUGCCGGUGGAUGCCACAGCGGAGGAGCCCAGGAGCUUCAUCUACCUGAGUGCUGAUGCCAUGUCCAACCCUGCCAAGCUGCUGGUGCUCAUCCAGGGUUGCGGGGUGGUCCGGGCCGGCCAGUGGGCACGACGCCUCAUCAUCAACCAAGACCUUGACUCAGGAACACAGAUCCCCUUCAUCACCCGCGCCCAGGAGGAAGGCUACGGUGUGAUGGUGCUCAACCCCAAUGAGAACCACCUGGAGCUGGAGAGGCCGGCCAAGCCCGCGCCCCUGCCCUCCCCCGAGGCCUCGGACGAACCCGCCGAGAAGAGAGAGCGCAAGGACGACCGGGAGAGCAAGAAGAAGAGGGACUUCUACGAGAAGUACCGCAACCCGCAGAAGGAGAGCGAGACCGAGCAGAUCCCCAUACGGGAAAACGGCUCCCCCGAGGAACACGUGCUCUACGUGUGGGACCACUUUGUGUCCAAAGCCGCCGCCAGGAACGUCUUUUUCGUGGCGCACAGCUACGGAGGCCUGUCGUUGGUGGAGCUGAUGAUUCAGAGAGAGGCUCAGGUGAAGAACAGGGUGUGUGCAGUGGCCAUGACCGACUCAAUCCACAACGUCUGGCACCAGGACGCCAACAAGAGCAUCCAGGAGUGGCUGCAGCAGCACUGCCGUAACUGGGUGUCAAGCCCCGAGCCCCUGGACACACCGGUGGAGCCCAUGCUAUCAGACUGUCCUCGCGUCUCUGCAGGUACAGAGCGACACGAGCUGACGUCGUGGAGGAGUUUCAACUCCAUUUUCCAGUUCUUCAGUGAGGCUUUACAGACUGGGGAGGAGGAGGAGACCUCCAACACGGUCACUACACGCAGCUCCCACAGAACCAAACCCGACCACAACCACAACGACCUAUAGAACUGCACCAGCAGGAGGGAAACGCAGGGGGGUGGAGGAGGUGCAUAAAAUCCUCUCCGUCUUCCCUCUCCAUCUUUUCCUCCUUCCUCCCUCAUCUCUGUGUGAUCUCUCUCUCUCUCUCUCUCUCUUCUGGCUGAAUUUAUCUCCCCGCUCGCACGUGUAUUGUUUUACCGGCAGAGUGCAGGGUGGUGGUGUAUACAUUGCAAUAGCGUUUUGCGUUAUUUCUAGAUGAGCGCAACUGUCAAAACAAUAUGGGCUGAGUGUUUGCGUUUCCCGUGGGCUGUGGCUCGUCUGUGGUCCGGGCCACGGAGCAGUGGUUGCAGUGGCUGAGAUUAAGGCUGACAGGCGCUGUGCACAGUGCGCCGUGGUAUACCUCUAAUUGUCCUGACAUCGCCCUGAACUGAGCUAAUACCCCGGCAGCCCUCCCCACCACUCCCCGAGGUCCUAGAGCCCGCCCUACCCACACAGUCCUCCUCAACCCACACCACUCAUACACUUGGCAUAUCUCCCCCCUCUCCCCCCCAACCCAACCUCCUACCGUCACCACAAAACGAUGAUUUUAACUCGAGUAAACAUUCGCCAUUAACAUGAGAUUAUUUUAACGUAAAGUGAGUGUGUUGUUUUUAUGGCUCCCUAGUCACGUCCAUCCCUUUCCCUUACCAUCUCCAAACACACACACACACACUUCUUAAAACGAUAGUUACAUUUUCUAUCAAAUGAGGUCCUAUUUAUACGAUCGUACUUUGGGGAGUUGCACUGCAAUGUUUAUGACAGCUGAUAUAGUGGUGGUGUUUUGUAUCUUACUUUCGCUCAAUGUUUAGUUGGAUUUUUAUGCACUCUGAUUCGAUUUUGUAUCGGACCAAAUGAAGUCCCAGAGUCAUAAAUGUUGACUUGAGGUAGACUGUCUAUGAUUUUUAAUUUGUAAAAAUGUCUUCUUCUUUUUUUACUGUACCCUUUUCUUCUGUUUGAAACCCAUGAAAUUGAUGUCCCCAGAUGAUUUAAUUUGAUGAACUAAAUAAAACAACCCUGCAUCAAUAUGAGUUUUAGGGACAUCUCAUUUUAACAGAAACAAGUAGUCGGUAACACAGUGAAUAAAAACUUCAAUUACAUCCCCUUUGCACGUGUCGGGAAAUCCAAGAUUUCAAUAUUAUCCUAAGCCUAGAUGAUGUGUCUUCAGAUGCUGGGAGAAAUGUAUUUUCCGAACACUUGCCUCGAGUGCAAACGUAAAAGUGACGAAGAGGAGAGCUCUGCGUGGGUCAGCCUCGCAUAAUCUCAAUCUGGGACAUAAACAAGAUUUUUUUUUUUUUAUAUUUCCACAGCGUUUAAGUUAGAAAUCACUCAAAAGAAUAAUGGAAUAUCCUUCUAAUAUGCCCAGAUAUUUGUAUCACCAGAAGGAGACAGUAAGCCACUGAUACAUGAAUACACCUCCCAACACAGCCACUGUCUAUCCAGGCAUGCUUUACCUUUCCACAGCUUCAGGCAAGGUAUUUAUAAGGAGUGUUAAGAAAUGUAUUGGUAUAUAUUAGACUUUUUAUUUUAUUUUUAAUUCUGUGUAAAUAACAUCCACUGGGUGAUAUUUUGAGGCUUUUGUAGGUUAUUAAACAAAUCAUUGCUUUUGUCAGUAAUGAAGGAAGCAGUGUGUGUGAGCUGUUGUCAUUUUCAUCUAAUUGUAUUAAUGUCUCUUUUGGAUGUCACUCAUGAAGUUAACUUGUUGUUUGAUUUGGGAAUAUGCGGACUGGUGGAGAAGUUUCAUUCCAGGAUGCUGCUGUUCAUGUGUUUUCCCUUUGCGUGAAGGAAUAAACCGUUGCUAUUUUCCUUCAUUAUGUGUAUAUUGCUGCCUCAGGAAUAAACAACACACUAUGUUCACUUGAUAUUUGUAAUAAAGGGCUCGUUCCACGAAAUGAGUGCCUUUCACAUCCCUAUUUUAAGUGUAAAUUGUGCACACAUAUUGAAUUUUAAACGCCUGUUAUAUUACAUGAAGUGCCCUUUAAUAUAGACCACAUGGAACAUUCAAUGAAUCUGAUUUCUAAUGUCAAGAGACAUUGAACAUCUAAUUGUCAAAUUCUAGUAUAAAAGCAGGUGAGCUGGUUCUACAAUUUUUGACCGUUUUCUGGUGUUUGGUGGUGGAAAAUUGAGCAUAAGACAUCAACCCUGUUACCCAUAGAUAGACGGGCUAGAAAUGUUUUAACAAUUAAAACAUUUUUGUGAAGCUUGCAUUUAAUUGCCCCUCUCUUUUGUAUACUACAAGACUCCAUUCCCCCGAUCACAUGGGGAUUGAUUCAUGGCUGAUUUAAGAAGUCAUCAACCCUGUUACUUUAUUUGGCACUUAAGAUGCACUUGCUAUAGUUUUUUUUUUUUUUUUGCUCUUGAGAUGGGGAGAAAUGUUUUUUUUUCAUUCAGUUGAACAUGUGCUCUUUAUGACAGAAUGUUAAAAUUAGGUGAAAUAAACAUUUUUUUUUUAGUCACCAAGUUACACUACUCAAAAUCACCAAGUUGUUGGAUCAACCAAAAGGCCAACAAGCCAUUAUGUGAAUGGAUCAAGAGUGCAGCCUUCAACUAAAUCUAAAGCACAGUUGAUAUGUAAAUUGUGACUAAUUUUAACAAAUACUCUUGAACAUAUUAUUCUUUCAGAUUGUUUGUAUGUUUUAUUGAUCAAAUAAGUAAUCUAUCUAAGGACAUUCAUGCUUUGUGAUUUGACUAAAGAGAAACUUCACAAUUUUUCAAAUUCAUAUUGAUCAUCUCCAGCACCACCCCAACAUCAACAUAUGUGAAAAUGCCGUGUUUCUGUGUUUUGUAGUUUUAAAAAAAAGAUGUUUCCAAUGACAUCGCCUAAUUAGGAGACCAUUAGUAUGCAAGUAGUAGGCAAUGUCAACUCACAACUGGUCAAAAUCACAAGAUGCACACUGACGUCAUUGGAAACACUUCCUCAAUUGUUUUUACUACAAAACAUAGAAAUGCACCAUUUUCACACAUGUUGAUGUUGCGGUGGUGCUGGAGAUCAAUAUGAAGUUGAAAAAUUGUGACGUUUCCCUUUAAAUAUAGCAUUUUUUAUAUGACGGCCAUCCUUGCUUUGGUUUAGUUGCUCUGGCAUUGUUUCCAAAUGCUAACGUUUUAGCAUUUGUGUCACAAAUCCCAUUCAAGACAUGGUACCAAUAUUAGCAUUUUUCCUGCAACUAUCCCUUCAAUCAUGUGUUUCCCAUGCACCAUUCCCAUGUAUUAAAACAUUUUUGUCAGUUGCUGAAAUUGAA